AUGACAUUGCCUCCACUUACUACUAAUGCGUUAAAGGAUAUUUUUUCCACCACUGCAAAGGAUACGGUCAAGACUCCACUUAUUCUUCAAGUGACCAAUAUCAAACACGUUGAAGGCGGAUCCAGGUCAUUCCGUGUUUUGUUAUUUGAUGGAGUGUUUAGUGGUCAAGGUUUGGUUGAAGAAUCAUGUGGAACUUAUUUGAAGAACAACGGAUUUGCCAGAUAUCAAUAUAUUCAAGUCAAUGAUUUCUCCACCGUAAUUACCCAAAGACAUAUUAUUAUUUUGAAAAAUGUUGAAAUCUUGGGUCAAGGUGAAAAAACUGAAAAUCAAGCCAAGCAAAUCGAAGCUUAUUACAAGGAACACCCAGAAGAAGACUUUUUGGCUCUCCAAAAGGCCAAGGGUGAGACCUACCCUAAUGCUGAUGUCGCCAAGACGCGUUCUGAAUCGCCAUUCACUCCACAAACUACCACUUCUACUCCGGCCCCUCCUGCACCUAAACCGGCCCCACCAGUAAGUGCCAGUGGUGCCCCUAUUAGAAUUACACCAAUUGAAACCAUAUCCCCAUAUCAAAACAAUUGGACCAUCAAGGCUCGUGUUUCUUAUAAGGGUGAUCUUAGAACGUGGUCCAAUGCUAAAGGUACCGGUCAAUUAUUCAGUGUUAACUUCCUAGAUGAGUCUGAUGAAAUUAAAGCUACUGCAUUUAAUGAAACUGCCGAAAGAGCUUACAACUUGUUAGAAGAAGGUAAGGUUUACUACAUCUCCAAGGCCAGAGUUGCAGCUGCCAAGAAAAAGUUCAACCAUUUAACUCAUCCUUAUGAAAUCACCAUGGAAAAAGAUACCGAAAUCACAGAAUGUUUUGACAAUACCAAUGUUCCUAAACUUCACUUUAAUUUCGUAAAAUUGAACAAGAUCCAAGAUCUUGAGUCAAAUGCCAUUGUUGAUGUUAUUGGUGCUUUGAAAAUAGUCAAUGAGCCAUUUAAAAUUACUGCCAAAUCCACUGGUAAAGAAUUCGACAGAAGAAAUAUCACCAUUGUCGAUGAAACUGGGUUUGCUAUUGAAAUGGGAUUAUGGAACAACACUGCCGUUGAGUUUAACAUCGAACAAGGAUCAAUUAUUGCUUUCAAAGGAUGUAAGGUCCAAGAUUAUAAUGGAAGAUCCUUGACUUUGACCCAACAAGGCUCGGUUAUCCCUAACCCAGAAUCCCCAGAAGCAUACCAAUUAAAAGGAUGGUACGACAAUCAAGGUAUCAAUGAAAGUUUUAAGAGUUUAAAGGUUGAAUCACUGGGUGCUUCUUCCAACCAAAUUGAAAACAGAAAGCUGAUUGCUCAAGCUCAAGAUGAAAACUUGGGUAAAGGUGAAAAGCCAGAUUACUUCACUGUCAAGGCAACCAUUUCAUAUACCAAGCCAGACACUUUUGCUUAUCCUGCUUGUCCAAACGUUGUUGCUUCCAAUGCUGGUUCUCAACAAGCAAGACCUAGUCAACCUUGUAAUAGAAAAUUAGUGGAACAACCAACCGACGGUACUUGGAGAUGCGAACGUUGUGAUAUCAAUUAUCCUGAGCCUACUUACCGUUAUAUUUAUAACUGUUCCAUCUUGGACGAAACUGGUCAAAUUUGGGUUACCUUGUUUGAUAAUGAGGCUAGAAAAUUAUUUGGAAUUGAUGCUGGUGAAUUAACUAAAAUUAAAGAAGAAGAUCAAGAUGAAUUUACUCGUAGAAUUGAAGAUAUCAGUUUCAAAGAAUAUCAGUUCAGACUUAGAGCAAGACAAGAUACUUAUAAUGAUCAAUUAAGAGUUAGAUACCAAGCUGUAGGUAUCGAUUUCAUCGAUUAUAGCACUGAAGCUGAAUACUUGUGUAAGCAGUUGGAUAAUUUGUUGAACUAG